ACCAAAAAUCUAAAAAUCUAUACUCAACACCAGUUGCCGGUCAACUAACCCCCUAAUUCACAACCGCUGAUACCCCCCUAAUAGAUCGAGAAACUAGCUUUCCCUUGCUCAAAAAGUCCCUUGAAAUUUUUAAGAAACGUCAAUUUUGCAAUAAUAGCAUUAAUCACAAUGGCGACCAUCCAGCUAUCUUUCUCUCUCCGCGUUUCUUCCGGCGUCAAGUCCGUCCAUCUGCUUGGAUCUUGGGACAACUACAAUGGCCAGAUCCCCCUUUCCAAGGACAAGUCCUCCAGCAAAUCCGGAUCAUGGAAGGGUACCUUCAGAUUUCAAGGCAACCUCGAGCCUGGUCAGCGAUACUGGUACUACUACAUCAUCGACGGAUACCACGUUUCGCACAACCCCAGUGAGGCUUCUACCGUUGAGCCCACCACCGGCCGAGAAUUGAACAUCCUUGAUGUUCCCAAGGACAAGUCCAGCAAGUCCUCAUCCAAGUCUCACAGCUCCAGCAAGAGCUCCUCGAAGCACAGCUCGUCUUCCUCUUCGUCAAAGGACAAGCACCGAUCUUCCAAGCGCCCCACUCUUGACAUUCCCAAGGGCCGCCCCCUUUCCGUCUCUCAGAUCGUUGCUCCCAAGCCAAUGUCGCCACACGCAACCCGUCACAUCCUAGAUGCAGACUACUAUGACGACGAAUCCAUUGAGGAACUGACCACCCGCUUCGACAACACCAGCUUCGAGGAGGAGGAUGUCAUCAGCGACUUUUCCAGCUCUCCCGUCUCUUCAUCCGGCUCCAGCCUAUCAAACCGCUCGGGCAGCUCAUCGCCAAGCUCAUCACUCUCCGGCUACAGCACGCCCGCUUCAGACUGCAGCAACUGCACUUGCGAGCGCUAUGGCAUCACACGCAAGGGCGACCGCGUCAAGAUCGACUGUGGCGGUUCGCGCUGCGGCUACAGCGAUGAGGAGAGCUCUUGCUCCAGCGGCGACGAGGAGUACGCCCCCCGCAGCUCCCGCCGAAACGGCAUCGUCGUCCGAUCGUGAAGACUUGCACCUCUCGGGAGAUCCCACCAAGCAGCACAUCAUCAUAAUACGCCAGAAGGCCGAAGAUAGGAGAUAUCAAGGCUGUUCGCUCAUUAACGGGCACAGAGCGCCAACUUUUCUCUUCGCUCUGCUCGUCUUGUUGUUCCAUUGCA